ACUCCGGCAGGCGGGCACCCCGGGCAGGGCGGGCACCCCGGCGGCCUGCACCCUCACUUCGGCCACGGCCACGGGAAGUACGGCUACCCACAUUCUGUGCAGUCUCUCGGAUCAGCGGGGAGCAGCUACCCCUUCCUGGCGGGUUACCUGAGCGGCGGGGCGCCGCCUCAACACCAGCCGCCCGCGGAAGCCUACAAGCCCGGCGUCCCCAUGCAGUACCCCUGGCCGCACCCGUCCACCAUGGAAGCGGGGUUCUCUCGCUUGUCGGCAGGAGGCAUGUACCCGGGACACUUCCACCCCUCCAUGGCGCCCCUAGCACCGCCGCACGACCAGAACGGCCCGCUGUACGGCCAGUACCUGCACAGCGGCCCGGCCAGCUCACAGCCGCAGAGCAGCGUCCUGGCCAGAUUGUACGAGGCUGGAAAAGGAUUGAUGAACGGAAGCCAUGGGUCACCAGGCUUCGGUGGCUUACAUCUCCACGCCACAUCGCGCCACAGUGCUGCCAGCGCCAGCGUGUCCCAAGCCCCCGACCAGAAAGACGUAUCCAGGUCGAUAAAAUCUUCUCAACAACCAAAAGAGUCUGAACGAUCCAGUCGGGACCACAGCAGCAAGGAAAGGGAAAGAACUGUUAAGUCAGAGGAGAACAAGUCCUCCAGUGACAGCAAUCACGUCAGACAUGGCGACAGUUCGAGUAAGCACGACUUGAAAUCUAACGCAACAAACUUGUCAGACUCGACAAAGAAAGAAACGUCUUCUAGCAGUUCUGAGAAGACUGGACACAGCAGUGCAAAAAGUGACGGGGACAGUGCAGUGAAGUUAGCAGCUACAACAGAGAAAAAGAACACGAUACCCAUGUCUGUUCUGGACAAAAAGAAAGCUCAUGCGAGAAGUCCAGACCUGCACUCGAAAGAGCCUCCCAAACCUACCCCAACAGACAGUGGUAAGUUGGGUCAGACUGAACAUGGCAGCAGUGGGGAGGUGGGUGUGGCGGGGACUAGCAAUAGUGCUACGACUACUGCAGCACCGGUGCACACUGUUGCACCUACACACAAGUCCCAGCCUUCACAACAUGGCAAUGGGAAGUCAGUGACAACGGUGACAACCACAUCUAGCAGUUUCCAGCCCAGGAUGACGUACUACUCACAUUCCAUCCAAGCCCAGCCUGAGAAGGAAACGCGCAAGAGUCUGGUGUGUGCUCAGACCUACAUUCCCCCUUUGGAGAAUGGAGAGCAGCCAAACACAUUCUUAGCGCGGAAACUGAAAUCCUCCGCACACCAGGACAAGUCACGAAGCAACAGCCCCGUGAGUAAAGCGUCUGAGGCAGCGGGAGGUUCAGACAAGUCGGGCAGUGGGACUGACAGCAGUUCAAAUUCCAGAACAGAAGUGCUUGCAAUUCCAGUUGGAGAUGCUAGGGGUCCUUCCGAACUGAAUGGUCAUGCUGCUAGCAGAGCGGCGGAACCGCGUGCUGCUCCAAACGGUGAGAGAACUAAGUCCUCUAGCGAACCAAGCAGCAGGAGACACAGUCCGAAUUCUGAUAGAAAGUCGGAAGAGAGCUCAAAAUCUUCAUCUAGUUGUGAACAAAGUGCUGGUAGGACGUCAGGAAAUGCGCCGUCUCAAGAUAGGAGAGACAAGGACGCUGCUCCGGGUGCCUCUGGGCCCCAGAAGGACAUGAUCAGAAUCCACGACUACCCAUACAGGGACAUCAUUCACGAGUACGGCCAGCCGAGGUCAGCGGUCACCCUGCACGAUGCCCCUGCAACAGUUUACUCCCACUCGGAGGCGCCCGAGAUGCGCCACUUGAGCCAGAUGAGCGGACUUCACCCCGAGGGUGCCAGGAUGCACCCUGAGUGGCGUAUGCCUGGAUCCUGUGCAAGCGCCGCCUCACACAUGGCCGCCCUGGCUGCACAACACGGCUACUUAACUCCCGAUCAUCCCAAAUUCCUCGAAUUCUACCCUAACAAAGACAGAAGCUUUCUUGAAAGGAGUUGGCCUCCCACCCCUUUCUCCCAGGACUCAAACCAUGACAGGCACCGUUCCAGCGAACCAGGAAAACCGGACACAAAACCAGCUUCAGGGUCCUCCUCCCAACCAGAGGGACCAUCCACGCAUGAACAUUCUCCCCGAGAGUCCACACAGGAGAAGUGUAGACACCAGGACAGACCAAGUCCCCAGCAUCGUGACGUUGCCAAGACUGGCAAGACUUCAAAGUCAACCACUCCUUCCCCUGCACCUAGCUCGAAGAGCGAAACUGCUGAAGAAAAUACACCCAGCAGGAAAACGGAGAAGCAGCAAGUGUCGGAUAAGGCUGAGAAGGUGCCUGCUGUCGGAGAGAGCAGCCCUUACUCUGCAUCAGUGGCAGGGAAGGGGAUAGAAGGCAGGAGGCCCCCUGUCGGGAUAGCCGUGGCACAACAGAGAGCAGGGACUGAGGGAGCGCCGUCUGAGACAGGGGCACCUGCCGGGACCGGGCAGUCUGCCAGCAACUCUGCCGCCACUACUGACAGAGGCACACGAGCCAGCAGACCGGAAAACGCAGACAGUAGCUCUGAUGAGUCAGAGAUUCCGCCUCGCGCGCCGGCAGACAGGUGUCAGAGCGCGCCGUCAGCCCACCACGACAAGGACCGCGAACAGUUCCUGCGGGAGCAGCGAGAGCUGGCGGCCGAGAUGGCCCUACGCACCAAGCCGCAGGGGUCACGGGAGGUCAUGAACGAUCUGAGCGGGAAUCUGGUGGUGACAGGAGGAGCCAGCCUCCCCAGUAACAGUCCCUGGGCCAGCAGCCUGGCGUCCCAUCCCCACGUCCCGCCCCACAUGGUGACCCGCGGCAGCCCAGCCCCGGCCAUGUGGUUCAGCCAUUACCCCUACCCCGGCCUGUCCUCUCACCCGCCCCCACCGGGAGUGGGCCUGGAGCCAGGAGCACUUCCCCUGGCCCCCCACGGUGGCUGGCAGCUGGCGCGGGACCCGGUCACCGGCGGGCUGGUACUGGUGCCGCCAGGAACCCCACUGGCUAACCCAGGUGGGCAUCAGAGAAGGGAAAUGUUAGAGCGGCAGCAGCAGCUGGUGUGGUCGUCCGGCUCAGCCCCGCCGCCCCCCAGCCACCUGCAGCACGCGCACCACCUGCAGCUGAUGUCGCAGCAGCACCAGCAUCAGCAGCACAUGGAGCUGCUGCGGCAACAGGAGCUACGUCACGCCGAACAGUACCAGAUCGCACUGCACCAACACCAUGCUCAGGAAGAGCAGAAACGCUGGGAGGCUGAAGAAAAGAGGAAACAAGACCAGGAGAAGCAGCAGCAGCAGCAAGCAGAGAAGUGUGGGACACCUCGCACCUGGGCUCACGAAGACCCUGCUCUGGAGAAGGCCGGGAGGGCAGCUAUGGAGGCUUACCUUCAGGCGGGGAUCCCUGUUGCCGGUCAACCCCCAUACGGACCCUUCCCCUACCCGCAUCCUCCGUACCAGUACAUCUAUGACCAGCCAGCUCUGAUGAGGCUGGUUUCCUCGUCAGCGGGAUCGAGCACAGUAACCACGACCGAGUCUUCUCGAGACAAGGAACAAGCUGCCGUCACCACCACCACUUCUGUCCACACCUCCGUGUCACCGAGUGUCUCCGUGUCCUCACAGAGCGGGAAGCAAAGGGAGGAGGCAGACGCGAAAAAGUCAACAGAACAAACAAGCAAAGAGGAGCCUUCCUCUGUCUCAAAAGCUGCUAAGGACACAGAAAAGUCGGUGGCGAAACAGGCGAUAGAAACGAGCACCCAGACGACACCAGAGCCCGAGCGAAUGCAGCCUAUCGACCAGCCCCUUGCUAGCUCGAAAGCUCCGCCCACGGACUUUCAACCAAUCAAGACUGAGGGUGUGACGCCUCAUCAUGGCACAGAGGCGGAGUCUACUCAAGCUAUUGUACCAUCUUCCACUGAGGAAAGACCCCGAAGCCCUCCACAAGCCACAGUCUGUUCACAGUCACAAGCCACCAGUGUUGAACAGUCUACCGAGUCAGUGGGCACUAGUGUUGCAGCUACAAGUGUUGAAAAGCCAGUAGUUACAAAAACCGAAAUGCCCACUGCUACUCCGCAACAACAGACUCAGCUCAGAGAAAUGAGUGUACAGGCAGAAACGAUGGUGACCAGUGUGACUGUCAGCACGAUGGCAGUGACCAUGUCCAAGUCCAUGGUGACAACGUCACUUCAGAACGUGGACCCGGAGCUGCUCCAGGCCACAGAAGGGAUGGCCCUGCUCAGUCGACUGGCGGAGGAGAAGUCGAGAUCAGAAAGUGGUGUUGCGGCAGUGAAGGUGAAAGUGGAGCGGCAGUCCGUCACCAUGGCCUCUGUCUGCACCAGCAUGGCCGCCGCUGCUGCUGCCAUGACAACAGACAUGUCCCAGCACGAGGGCACCGGGCCGGAGGACUCUCUGGUCCACUCCUGGGGCCGCUGGAAGUGGCGCUCCAACCUCAAGUUGCCUCAGAAGGAGGAACAAGGGACAGGGUCUGCAUUUAAGUUGCAGUCAGGGCCUGAGGGGAUGGACCUGGUGGAGCUGGAGAUGAGGAUGAAACUGGCAGAACUGCAGCGAAGGUACAAGGAGAAGCAAAGGGAACUGGCCAGGCUGCAGAGGAAAAGGGAGAAGAAGAGGAAGAAGGAGAACGGUCCCGUCAAGAGGGGCCCCGGCAGACCUAGGAAGCGCCGCUUCCACCAAAAUUCUCCCAAGUCCUCGGUGAAGUCUGGGGAAGGGCCAAGCAAGGUGGAGAGGAGAAGUAAGAGUCCAAAGGGGGCCCUUCACUUGCUGGUAGAGGAGAUGGAAAGUGAAGAACCGCCCAAGAAGAAGAAGAAGGUAACCAAGGACUCCGCCCAGCAACCUGCAGCCCCAACCAGCAAGCCAAAGGGCAAGAAAGGGAAAGGCAAGGAGACUGCUGCACCGGACGAACAGGAAGUCAAGCUUGAGCCUCCAAAGUCAAAAAAGUCCAAGAAAUCAGAUAAUCAACCAACCAAGAAGGGUGCCAAGGCCUCUUCAGCCGUUUCAUCAGGCACGAAUAAAAAGUCUGCAAAGGACGACGGUACGACCUCCAAGCACAAGCCCAAGGUGUCCACCAGUAGCGACACCACGAGCGAGGAGUCUGGAGGAAAGAGUAAAGGGAAGUCAGGGUCCAACAGCAACAAGAACACUGGUGCUGAGGAGAAAACGCAGACACAGAAAGGAAAGGGGAAGAAAAAAGACAAGGACUCCCAGGCCUCAGCCACUUCAACAACCAAAGGCACAGGCCAGGGAAGUAAGAAGUCCAAGGAUAAGACCACAACCUCAAACACACCAUCUCGGAAGAGGUCUUUUUCUCUCACCCAGUCUCUGCCCCAGUCCGAUGACUCAGAUGAUGAUCUUGUCAACGAGGACGUCUUCUGGAGUUCUCUACCCCACCCAACAAAGGCCCCCUCCUCCAAGACAUCUCCCAAGACAACCAAGAAGUCCAAGGACGGCUCCAAACCUAAGAAGAAGCAGAAGACAGAGGACAGCAAAGUCAAAGUGCCCAAGGUUAAGAAGACUGUAACACCCAAGGCCAAGCCCAAGAAAGUGGAUGAAGGAAGUGACAGUGACAGUGAUGAGGACGAUUUCUCACGUCGCUCGCAUUCCGAAGCAGAUGAUUGGAGUGAUGCUGAUCUAGAUAUAGACACCAUGACGUACAGUGAAACAUCAGGCCUGGGUCUUCUUGCUAAGUAUGCUGCCUCCAGUGCUGCCAGUAUGCCCAUCGCACCUAGCACAAGCAAGAAAAGGAAGAAACCUUCAAACAACGAUGAUGCUGAUGAUGAAGCCCCAGCAACAGAGGUUAAGGGAUCCAAAAAACGGAAGCCUACGCAACCCAGCAAGAAGACCACCACCUCCACAUCAGAUACACCGACACCCAAGAAGCCCAAGAAGUCCAAGAACACCAGCACGGAAGGAAAAGUUUCUCGGCCCAAGAAGAAGAAAGUCAAGGAGCCGGAACCCGUGGAAGACGAGGUCCCGCUUCUCGAUGACGAUGCUUGGGCGCGCCGAAGAACUAAGGCAGCCACUCCUUCCAGCAAGGCAAGUCCCGUGCCAAGUGGCAAAACGGCUUCUUCCACCCCUUCAGGCAAGGUGAAGAAAACCAAGACAGAGAAGAAUGAAGAAACAUCCACAAAGCCUUCCUCGAGUAAAAAGACGAAAGACAGUACCAAGGAAACCCCCACAGAGCCUCUUGUACACCCUGGAGAUGCACCUGUCAGUAAACCCAAGAAGAAGACCAGUAAGGCAAGCAAGGCUGCCAAGGAAGAUGCUACUCAGACCAAGAAGGCCAGCAAGCCAAAAGCACCUAAGAAGACACCCAGUACUUCAACACCUACAGAGGCCAUCCCAUCUACAGCACCUCCCAAGGCACCCAAAGUCAAAGCCAGCACCCCUGUCGUGACCUCCCCACCCCCACUACCAGCCCCACCCCUACCCCCUGCUCUCCCCACCCCCACACCCAUGGAGCAGGACUCUGUCUCCAACGAGUCUUUCAGCGACGGGGAAAACUUACCUCUCAGUAACUAUGUGGACCAGCAGAGACCAUCCACACCAGAGCCUCGACUAGUCAACAUCCAGAAGGAGGAGCUGAGAGAUGGCCUGCGGGUCAUCAUCCCCAUAGACGGACUGUUCCACACGGGAUACGUGGACGAGAUACAGCCUCCUGACGUAUAUGGUGCUGUGAUUGAUGGGCAGAGAGGUCAUCGACCCCAGGUGUACUCCCAGGAGCAGAUUCUGCAAGAGGCUCUCCAUGACGUGAAGCCAGGCUCAGUGAGGUUCCUGCCUGAGGGUGCUCGGGUGUGUGCCUACUGGAGCCAACAGUACCGCUGUCUCUACCCCGGAACUGUCGCUAGGAUGAGCCCCUCCCCCGAUGGUAGUGACGACGACAAGACCUUCGUCAGCGUGGAGUUUGACGACGGCGACUCGGGCCGCAUCCCGCUGGACCACGUUCGGCUCCUUCCUCCUAACUACCCCGUUGUUGGUAAGGAGCGCGGUGACUUUAGCAUGAACCCGAUCAUGCUCCACGGGAAGAGGCGGCGGCGGUCGGGAGACGUUUCUAAGGACGGCUUGUCAGACGCGAAGGGCGACACUUCUGACACGGACUCUAGCACGGUCCUCAUGGACCAGAAGGAGGUGGACAACGUCGUGUCGCAGCCGGAGAAAACUAAAGCACCGACCAAGAAAGCGUCCACUGCACAAUCUCGAGCAAAGAAAGGUAAGGCUAAAUCAGAAUCUGUACUGCCCCUGUUGCUGGAUUACGACUCCUACACUGGCGAUCUGGGUGUCAUUUCUGAGGAGGAGGAGGAGGAUGGACGAUCUUCAUCUAGAAAAAGCAGCCCUAAAAACAGCCCAAAGGCAUCUCCUGCUCGAAGCAGCUCUGCCGGCAGCACUUCGAAGAAGAGCAAGAAGUCCAACUCAGGAGAAAAAGCCAGCAAGCUCAAGUCUAAGGACAGCAAAAAAGAGCCAAAGGUGAAGCUGGACAGCGAUGAAAAACCGUCUCCCAUUCCAAAAUCCAAGACAAACUCGGAAAAGUUCUCCAAACCGAGCACGGCAUCAGAGGACCAGAAACCGACAAAGUCUAGCAAGAAAGAAAAGAAGGUCUCCAGCGAUGUGUCUGAUGAAUCUGCCUCCACCAAGGGUGAGAAGAAGAAGACUGCAGGAGACACAACCACCACGAAAAAGACCAAGAAGGCCAAAAAGGCAGAAUCCUCAGACACAGGCGCAUCUGACUCAACACCAGCCAAGAAAACGACCAAGAAGGAUGCAGCAAAACAAGCCAAGAAAGACACAGGAGCACAAGAAACCCAGAAGUCCCAGAAAGGAAAAGCAUCUGAUGUCACAACAAAGGCAAAGGCGUCCUCAGCGAAGGUUGCCCCACCGGACUUCGAGGAAGAGUCCAAUUUGGAUGAUUCUGAGGCCCAGAGUUUUGCUGACUCCAACAGUAUUGCUCCGAGCAAUGUGACGUCAGAUGUUGAGGAUGAUGAUGACAUCUCUGAGGACACUCGCAGUGAGAGGUCAGAGGACAUCAAGAAACCAACAAAGAAACCCCCGGCACGUGGUAGCAAGACUAGACGCCGCUCUGCUGACAAGACGCCCUCCGUUGAAAGCAGAAGCAAGAUAGCACCUUUCCUGCCAGCCCGCCAGCUCUGGCGCUGGUCUGGCAAGAGCACGCAACGCAGAGGAGUCAAGGGCAAGGGCAAGAAAGUCUUCUACAAGGCCAUACAGCGGGGCCAUGAAAUCAUAAGGGUUGGUGACUCCGCUGUGUUCAUGUCGACGGGAAGACCCAACCUUCCGUACGUGGGGCGGAUCGAGAACUUGUGGGAGUCGUGGGGGGGCAACAUGGUGGUCAAGGUCAAGUGGUUCUAUCAUCCAGAGGAGACCAUCGUGGGGAGGAGGGCAUGUGAUGGCAAGAUGGCGCUGUACCAGUCCUCGCACGUGGACGAGAACGACGUCCAGACCAUCAGCCACCGCUGCGAGGUCGUUUCCCCGGAUGAGUACGAACGCAAGGCCAAGAGCAAACGCAACCAGGAUGACCUGGACGACCUCUACUACUGCGCUGGGACAUACGAUCCAACAAACGGGGCUCUACAGAACGUGUCGGGGCCUCUAUGAGCGUCAGUUGUAAUUUGAACUUCAUCAGUGCAUUAUGUUAAAGGCAUGCAAUGCGAUUUCAGUGCAGCAAAACUGGACAUAGGACGACCUCUACUACUGCCCCGGGACAUACGAUCCAACCAACCAAAGGGGCUUUACAGAAUGUGUCGGGGCCUCUAUGAGCGUCAGUUGUAAUUAGAACUUGAUCAGUGCAUUAUACGUUAAAGGCAUCCAAUGCAAUUUCAGUGCAGCAAAACUGGAAAUAUUGUGGAUAAGGCAAUCUGUGUGAUAUUGACACAUACUGCCUUACAUUAGCAGAUUUAAAUCGGCAUUUCAUACUUUGGGCAUUUAAAUCUGCAGAAACAAGCCCCAAGAUGAGUCCUUUAUUUUCUGGGCGGUACCCUGAAAAUCAGCCCAGGGCCCUUCCAGUAACCAUUUUCUGUCAGACUUUGGGGACUUUUUGCUCAUGAGGGUUGAUAGACACUGGGAUAGUACAAGUGUGGUUUCACCUCAGCAUGUAGAUAAAUGACUAGAAUAUUGGCAUUGAAAAAUCAGGUUUCCAAGCCCCAAAAACUGCACUGGGUGCCUUUAAGGUAAAAUACAUUGAUGCAAUAUACACCAACUAGGCAGUACAGCUGGAGGUUUCAGGACUUUUUUCUUGAGUUUUUUUCCAUACUUUGCUGGUGUCAAAUAAUUUGAGUGGAAUGAUUGUGAAAAAUUGAAACAUACACAAGCUGUGGGUCCAAAAUUGUUUUGAUUUAUAGGCAAAACCUCAUCAUGAGAUCCCACUACACACACACACCAGUUGUGGUCUUUCCUCAACAGAUCCAUUUAUUUAGUAAGGAAUGUUACACUGUUUGGGCCCAUUUGUUUUUCCCCAAAAUUUGUAUUUUUUCCUCACCAUCAUUUUAGCUCCCUGUAACUGAAAUAUCAUUCUUCUUAAUCCUUGGGAAGAAGGCAAAUUUUUCAUGGCGUCUUUUGAUAUUUUUAGAUAAGCAUCACUUCAGAGAAAAAUUAAUGUACAUACAGAGGUGUGUCGGUAGCUCUUUCCGUAAGGUUGGUAGCUAUUGAUUCCCAAAAACUAUGAAGUUGUAAAUUUUCUACAGAUCACACAGUUUGUAGAUAAAGUGUAUGAUAAUGUGUAGUUUUGUGUACAGAAAAACCAGAAUGGUAGAAAUGUGGGGCAAUUAAAAGGUGUGUCUACUUUCUCAAAGGUCAUUUAAAAGGCGUAGUCAACAUCAGUCCAAAAUUUGUUGCUCAAGAUCUCUUAUAAAUUUAUAAUUUGUUAUAAAGAGACUAAAAAGGACAAUGGCAAUGCAAUGAUGGCAGUUGAGCCAACAACAAAUUUGCAAUAUUUUUAGACAUUUGUCGCUGUCAAGAUUUCCGUAUAUAGCUAGUAUUCUCUGUACAGUGGACUGUAGCUAUUUUGUACAUGUCUGACACUGAUUAUAAUUAUAUGAAACAUGACAGAAAAGGCAAUUUAUUGUACAGCAGUGUGACAUGCUGCAGUAACUACUUAAAGGAGUGCCUGGAAAAGCCAGUUUAGUGUACAGUUUGGUAAGUGACUGGCGGAUAAGAAUGUAGAGUAGGGCAGCAUAUCUUUGUCAAAGUUCCCUGUGUAUCACAUGUACAUGUAGGGGUAGAUGUUUGAUCAUUGUCUCAGUACUAUCUUGGGUAAGGCUGUGAGAUGUCAUGAUGUUAUGUUUGUUUCAUUGAUUAUCUAGAUACUAUAGAGGAUUGGUAGGUUUGAACAUGGCAUGUACAAUAGUAUUCUCACCCUAGCUUUGUACAUGUACAUGUACUUUCUGCUGCUGUGAGUUCAUCUUUAACAUCACACAUGCUUCCCUCAGACUAGAGAGAGGCCAAGAGAGGGUUAAACAAAGCAUGUUUUCACUUUGCUGUAGAAAUUUCUCACCAUUUUUUUUUAUUUGAGGGAAGAGGAAGUGACAUUGUAGCCUAUCCCUUGCUGUUGGUAGGACUCACUAUCUCUUCUUUUGUGUAAUUAAUGUUAUAGCCCCCUUGACCUAAAAUGGUAUAUGCCUACAUAGUGUACGCCUAUGGUGAGUCGACCAUUCUAUUAUUGAAGAUAGGGGGUGCAGAGCGUAAUGUCCUUCAGAGAGCACACAUGGCUUCUAGUACUUCACCAGUGUUGAUGAACAAGUGAGGGAUUCUAAAAAAAACGCAAAAGAGCCAUUUUGACUAAUCAGAUGAUUGGCUCACUAGUGCAAUAGUCACUCAUAGUUCACUUAUCUAGGAAGGUAGAUGACUCGGAAGAAAGAACUCUAUUUUUAUCGUGCCACAAAAAAAAGUCUCCUAUAUUUUUGUACCCAGGAAGACAGGAGAUCCAACUACAGUCGUUUUCACACAUGUGGGGCAUUUGAUACAUUUAUGAAGAAAAAGAAAACCCUGUCCGCUUUCAUAAAGAGAUGUAUUUCUGUGUAAAUAGAGAGAGAUGUCUUUAAAAACGGGCUUCUUGUAUGUGCAAUAUUACAGAACAGAAAAGCCUAGAAACUAUCUUAGAUUAAAUAAUUGUUCAUGUGCAUUCACUUGAGUUGAUUAGGUAAUAGUGAAGUAAAACUUGUUGAGCGAAGCUCAUUUUUGUUGUUGUAAAGAAGGUGGGGAAGAGGCAUUGCUGUCCCCCAGUGCUGGCCAACUUGGGAACAGCGAUGCUGUCACUCCCCUAUAUUUUGUUAGGGUUAGUCUGUUCCAGUUGGAACGUUUAGUUAUUUGUAGAAUCAGGAACCGUUCUGUUACAUUCCUUGUUGAUUGUCUUGUCAGACUAAAUGUUGUGUUACCUGUUUAUGUUCUGAUAUUGUGGCAUAUAGUGCACUUUGUUAUGUUUUGUACAUAAUAUCAAGAACCUUGAUUGAAUAAAUAAAGAUGCGAUGAAGAUUCA